AAAAUUCAGAUAAAAAUGGAAUAUUGUGAUGGCAUUUAAGUCAUUGCAGGAGACUGGUCAAUGUUGGUCGUGACAACGACGGUGGUGGCUCUGCCUAGGAUAUCCAGUGACGGGCUCCGUAAGCAACAAAAACACUAAAGCUACAACAAAAAUGAUUAAAAGUUAAAAUUUUUAAAGACAAAGCGUGCAUUUUGCAGAGGCAAAGACAUGCAAAAUCUCAGACCCACAUACGCUUACAAUCAUCAAAGCCAUUGAAACACACCCAGUGUAAAGUUAAAGAACGUUAAAGACUGAUACUAUCUCUCACUUGAUUUUAAGUGUUUGUGUUGUGGGUUUCUUUGCAAAUUAUACCUCUCCUGCAAAGUCUCUUGGUUCCCUUGAUGCUCGACACCGGACCCCUCCUAGCAUUUUAGCCACUCCCGUUUAGCCCCUUCAAAAGAAGAGAUAACAAUUGGCUUCUCUGUGACGUCUCUGUACACUCUGUUUUUGGGUUAGUUUCUUUUUUCUUUUUAUUGGUUUUAGGGUUUCAAGAUUAUCUUCUUUCACCAUAAAAAGCACCAAUUUCAUUUGUGUUGUGAUUUGUCUUAGUAUUUUUUUUGUACUUGGUUUUAGUCGAGCAUUUGAUCCUUGUUCAGAUAUGGAGGAAGUUUAAAAGUAGUUUGAUUGCUAUUUUGGGAGAAUAAUUUUUAUUUAUAUUAUUAUUUUGAUUUGGAAUGUUUUGAGCUUAGCUUAUUUUUUCAAGUAUAAGAUCACUUAAAUUUCCUUUUUCUUUUUUUUCUGUUCACUGCUUAGAAAUUUUUGUUUAUAAUAUUUUCGGUAACCUUGAUUGUAUUUUUAAGGGGCCUCCAACCUUGUUUUUACAGAAAAGAUCAUACCUUGAUCUAAUUUUAGAUUUAAUUCUUGUUAAAUAUGGCUGAAAUUAGACUUCCAAGAGUAGAACAAGGUCAAACCAAGAUUAGAAAUGUUCCAAUUGCUGUAACACCAGAAGGUUUUUGGUGUUGCCCAUCUCCUGUUGUGUUUCAAAAGACCCUUAAAGCACAAAAUCCAGUAAACAAACCCAAAUCCUCCUCACCACCUCCUAAAACUACUGUCCAAAAGAAGCAAACACAAAUCUCGAUGAUUGAGAAAAGACCAAUAUCCACUCCAUUAAGAUCAGGGGUUGCUUCUGAUGAUCCACAAACUCUUAGCUCUGAAACACCUGGUAUUGGCGCAUCAAAUGUUGUUCCUGAGAGAACUCCAAGACCAAAGAUGGAACAUUUGCAUAGAAAAGUGGCAAUUGAGUUUGGUGAACCUGGAACCAGCAAUUUGAAGGUGGUUUUACUUGGAAAGCAAGGCUUUUGCGUGAAGCUGAGUGUGCACAGGAAUGUUCUUGUGGAAAAUAGCAGUUUUUUCUCUGAAAAGCUUUCUGGAGAACAGUCAGGUCUGCCUUGUCUUGAAAUUGAUGGCUGCGAGGACAUUGAAGUUUAUGUUGAAACUGUGGGACUAAUGUAUUGCAAAGACUUGAAGCAAAGGCUAAUCAAGCAAAGUGUGUCACGUGUUCUUCGUAUCCUUAAGGUUGCAGAAACACUAGGCUUCAGCUCGUGCACUAAGUCAUGCUUGGAAUAUCUAGAAGCAGUUCCAUGGGUUGGAGAAGAGGAAGAAGAAAAGGUUGUCUCAUCAAUCCUACGACUCCAAGUUGAGGGUGUUGGUGUCACCCCAGUAUUGAAACGAGUCUCUUCUGGAGUCUCCAAUCCACCGAAAGACACACUAUCCCACAUAGUGGAACUAGUUCUUAAAAGCAAUGAAGAGAAAGGUCGACGGGAAAUGAAAUCCAUAGUACUGAAACUUCUUAGGGAGAACAACAGUGUUCCAAGUUAUGCUGGUUCAACAGACAUUUGCACUGAAACUCUCUAUACAUCAUGCAGAAGCUGCCUAAAUUCACUGGUGUCUACAUUUAGGCAAGCUACAGAACCAGAGUUUGCUAAUAAAAUCACAGACAACAAGGAGCCUGUGGUGAAGCAAAUAGCUCUAGAGGCUGAUAAUCUCUCAUGGUUGCUUGAGAUUUUGGUUGAUAGGCAAGCAGCAGAUGAGAUUGCUCUAAUGUGGGCUAGCCAGCAUGAAUUGGCAGCCCUGCACACAAAGAUGCCUAUAGUGUCUCGAUAUCAUGUUAGCUGCAUUACGGCUAGGCUAUUCGUUGGAAUUGGAAGAGGGGAGCUGCUACCAUCAAAGGAUACUCGUCAAAUGUUGUUGCAGACCUGGCUACAGCCGUUGAUCAAUGACUACAGCUGGUUGCAACAUGGGUGUAGGUCAUUUGACCGGAAGGUUGUUGAGGAAGGAAUUGGCAGGACGAUUCUCACCCUGCCUUUGGAGGACCAACAGAAUAUCCUGCUUUCUUGGUUGGGUAGUUUCUUGAAGGUGGGUGACAAUUGCCCAAAUCUUCAGAGAGCCUUUGAGGUCUGGUGGCGGAGGACGUUCAUCAGACCUUAUGCUGAUGCUCAAGGUAAUAACGUAGCCCAAUCAGAUUCCUCAAUGACAUCAAAGGAGGAUAACCAGUAAAAAAACCAGUUUGGACCACUGAGUUGGUAAUGAUCACAUAUGUAAAUUAAAGAGAAAAUUUGAUGACUUCAAAUAUGAAAGAACUUAAAAAAAAAAAAAAUGUUUGCAGUAUUUCUUUCUUUCUUUUUUAAUCAAAGCUAACAUGGAAAAUCCCUCGGAAGUCGGGAUAGUGUGUAAUUCCGGCAACUACCGAAUUGCAAAUGUUUCUGAUGGACAUGCAGUAUAGGGUGUAAGAAACAGUUUUCAGUUUUAUGAAUUUGGAUUGAUUGCUUGGUGUAGAA